AUUUCAAAGUUUCGUUCUCUCUCACUAAACUCUUCUGCUUCAUUUUGAAGCUAUCUUUCCUAUCCUUUCUAUAACUGCUUCUUCUACACCUCACUAUUUAUACUCGAGGAGUGGACUGUUCUUCCAACGACUGUAUCGUCUUCCGUACGCUUUCUAGGGUUUGCUUGAAGUGGACCUUCGGUUCUCUAAAGGGUUUAUCACUCUCUGAUCCUCCCAUGGCGGCGGAGAAGCUUAGGGAUUUGAGUCAGCCAAUCGACGUGGCCUUGCUUGACGCUACUGUUAAUGCUUUCUAUGGCACUGGAUCUAAGGAGGAGAGGGCUGCUGCCGACCAUAUCUUGCGUGAUUUACAAAAUAACCCAGAUAUGUGGCUUCAAGUGGUUCGCAUUCUAUCUAGCACACAGAAUCUGAACACCAAAUUUUUUUCAUUGCAGGUUCUAGAAGGUGUCAUCAAGUAUAAAUGGAAUGCUUUGCCCACUGAGGAACGUGAUGGGAUGAAAAACUACAUAUCUGACCUCAUUGUGAAGCUUUCUAGCGAUGAAGCAACUCUUCGAAGGGAGAGGUUAUACGUGAACAAAUUAAAUAUUAUAUUGGUUCAGAUCUUGAAACAUGAAUGGCCAGCCAGAUGGAAAAACUUCAUUCCUGAUUUAGUUGCAGCAGCCAGGACGAGUGAAACCAUUUGUGAAAAUUGCAUGGCUAUAUUGAAGCUUCUCAGUGAGGAGGUAUUUGAUUUCUCAAGAGGUGAAAUGACACAACUGAAGAUCAAAGAACUUAAGCAAUCACUAAACAGUGAGUUUCAACUCAUUCAUGAGCUAUGCUUAUAUGUGCUAUCAGCAUCUCAAAGAACUGAGCUUAUCAGGGCUACUCUUGCCACUUUACAUGCUUUUCUCUCAUGGAUUCCUUUGGGUUACAUUUUUGAAUCUCCAUUGCUGGAAACACUGCUUAAAUUUUUUCCUCUCCCUGCAUAUCGCAAUCUUACUCUUCAGUGCUUGACGGAGGUUGCUGCCCUCAAUUUUGGAGAUUUUUACAAUGCGCAAUAUGUGAAGAUGUACACUAUAUUCAUGGCUCAACUGCAGAACAUUCUUCCACCCAAUACAAAUAUUCCUGAGGCUUAUGCACAUGGCAACAAUGACGAGCAGGCAUUUAUUCAAAAUUUGGCAUUGUUUUUCACCUCAUUCUUUAAGUCUCAUAUACGUGUGCUCGAGACUUCACAGGAGACUGUAAAUGCACUCUUAAUGGGUCUUGAAUAUCUUAUUAAUAUAUCGUACGUGGAUGACACUGAAGUGUUCAAGGUCUGCCUGGACUAUUGGAAUUCUUUGGUUCUGGAACUGUAUGAAGCCCAUCAUAAUGCAGAUAAUCCUGCAAUGACUGCAAGUCUGAUGGGACUACAGGUACCAAUGCUUCCUGGUAUGGUUGAUGGCCUGGCUGCACAACUUAUGCAGAGGCGACAACUUUUUGCUGGUCCAAUGUCUAAGUUGAGGCUUCUAAUGAUAUGUCGCAUGGCAAAGCCUGAAGAGGUCCUUAUUGUAGAAGAUGAAAAUGGCAAUAUUGUUCGCGAGACCAUGAAGGAUAACGAUGUUCUUGUACAAUAUAAGAUCAUGAGGGAAACAUUGAUUUACCUUUCACAUCUUGAUCAUGAAGAUACUGAAAAACAGAUGUUGAAGAAGCUAAGCAAACAACUGGAUGGUGAGGACUGGUCAUGGAACAAUCUCAAUACAUUGUGCUGGGCAAUUGGAUCCAUAUCUGGAUCAAUGGUGGAGGAGCAGGAAAACAGAUUUCUUGUUAUGGUCAUACGAGAUUUGCUAAAUCUGUGUGAGAUUACCAAAGGGAAAGACAACAAAGCAGUCAUUGCGAGUAAUAUAAUGUAUGUGGUUGGUCAAUAUCCACGGUUUUUGAGGGCUCAUUGGAAGUUCUUGAAGACUGUUGUGAACAAGCUGUUUGAAUUCAUGCACGAAAGUCAUCCUGGGGUUCAGGAUAUGGCCUGUGAUACUUUUCUGAAGAUUGUUCAAAAAUGCAAACGUAAAUUUGUCACUGUUCAGCUUGGAGAGAAUGAACCAUUUGUAUCAGAACUCUUAACGAGCCUCCCAACAACUAUUGUUGAUUUAGAGCCACACCAGAUUCAUUCAUUUUAUGAAUCUGUUGGGCAUAUGAUCCAAGCUGAAUCUGAUAUUCAAAAGAGGGAUGAAUAUUUGCAGAGGUUGAUGGAGCUUCCUAAUCAGAAAUGGGCUGAGAUUAUAGGACAGGCACGGCAAAGUGUAGAUUUUUUGAAAGAUCAAGAUGUUAUUAGGGCUGUACUUAAUAUAUUACAGACAAAUACUAGUGCUGCCAGCUCGCUUGGAACAUUCUUCUUGCCACAGAUUACUCUAAUCUUUUUGGACAUGCUUAAUGUGUACAGAAUGUAUAGUGAGCUUAUCUCAGUGAGUAUUGCACAAGGAGGGCCGUUUGCCUCUCGGACAUCCGUUGUUAAACUUUUACGUUCCGUGAAGAGGGAAACUUUAAAGCUUAUUGAUACCUUCUUGGAUAAGGCCGAAGGUCAACCACAUAUUGGAAAGCAAUUUGUACCCCCAAUGAUGGACCCAGUUCUGGGUGAUUAUGCUCGAAAUGUUCCUGAUGCCAGAGAAUCUGAAGUUCUCUCUCUUUUUGCCACUAUUAUAAACAAGUACAAGGGUGCAAUGCUAGAUGAUGUUCCUCGCAUAUUUGAAGCUGUUUUCCAGUGUACUUUAGAGAUGAUUACAAAGAAUUUUGAGGACUAUCCAGAACAUCGGCUCAAGUUCUUUUCGUUACUUCGUGCAAUUGCUACUCAUUGUUUUCCUGCUUUGAUUCGGCUGUCAACUGAGCAAGUGAAGCUUGUGAUGGAUUCCAUCAUUUGGGCUUUUCGGCACACCGAAAGAAAUAUUGCCGAAACUGGACUUCUCCUCUUGCUGGAGAUGCUCAAGAACUUUCAAGCAUCAGAAUUCUGUAACCAGUUCUACCGGACUUACUUUUUGACCAUUGAACAAGAAAUUUUUGCUGUUCUGACAGAUACCUUUCAUAAACCUGGCUUUAAGUUACAUGUGUUGGUGUUGCAGCAUUUAUUUUGCCUGGUAGAGUCAGGUCCAUUGACUGAGCCGCUAUGGGAUGCAACUGUUCCUUAUGCUUAUCCCAAUAAUGCGAUGUUUGUACGUGAGUUCACCAUUAAACUUCUGAGUUCAUCUUUCCCCAACAUGACUGCAUCAGAGGUCACCCAAUUUGUUAGUGGACUCUUUGAAUCAACAAAUGACCCUUCAGUAUUCAAGAAUCACAUUCGUGACUUUAUUGCUCAAUCAAAGGAAUUCUCAGCCCAGGACAACAAGGACCUUUAUGCCGAAGAAGCUGCUGCUCAGAGAGAAAGGGAUCGACAACGGAUGCUUUCAAUUCCAGGGCUAAUUGCACCCAACGAGAUACAAGAUGAGAUGGUGGAUUUAUAAAACAGGAAGUGUUUGCUCCUUAGACUAAUUUCAUUUGUCUUAUAGUCCUCAAGUGUUCUGGUUGCCUCGAGAUGAUUAUUGUGUCACAACCGGAGGAUCGUGUAUUUUUUGCUCAGUUUUUCACGUUCUUGCUUUGUUGCUGUGAUUCACGGAUCUCCAAUCUCCUGGCUCAACUUGGCCACCGAAGGAAGAGGAUUAGCUGGCUAAUGUAGAUUACUUAGAUUCUAAUCUAGUGAAUACAACAUGCUAUUGUAUCCGGCUCCUGGUUUUAGUGGUAUUGUAAUUCUGAGGUUUGGGACGGAUGGUUGAAAUGACCUUUACAGAAACCCCAGUGGUUGAGACAGGAGAGUAUUGUAUACAAAAAUUGUCGGGUUGUGCAGCCAUCAUUUUUGUUUAUUUGUAGAGCAGCUUAUAUAUAUAUAUUUUUGAAU